UAUUCAAAGUGUUCACUGUACGCCCUCCGACGCCUAACGCCUCCCCUCUCCGCCAUGGCCGCUGGAGGAUUCAGCGGCGAUAAGAGAACCACCAGAAGCUCCGCCAUUAACGCCGGUGCCGUCACUACCAGAAGCAAGGCCAAGAAAUCCGACCGGAAGAACCACCUCAAACACCAACUGGUAACCCUCAUCGAAACCACCAUUUCUUCCGCUCACUCAUUUCUCUCUCUCAACGAUCUCCACCUUCUUCCCUCUCAAACUCUUGCCCUUGAAUCCUUCAUCUAUUCCACUUCAUCCUCUCUUCAAGCUCUCUCUCCUUGUCUCCCCAAACUUUCCCUGCAUCCGCCGCCGCGGCAAUGCUGGUUCCAACGCUUCCUCUCUGCGACGGCGGAGGUUGAUUGCGACCCGAGAUGGAAUCUCUUCUUCCGUAUGUCGAAAUCGUCCUUCUCCCUCCUCCUUCGUCUUCUUUCCCCGAUUCAAAGCUCCUCAUCCACUUCCGUUCCGCCUGAUUGUGCUUUAGCCGCUGCGCUUUUCCGAUUGGCGCAUGGCGCGAGUUACAAGGCGGUUGGGAGGCGGUUUGGGAUCGAUUCUGCUGACGCUUGCCGCUCGUUUUAUGCGGUUUGUAAGGCUAUCAAUGACAAAUUGGGGCAUUUGCUUGAGCUUCGGUCUGAUAUUGAUCGGAUUGUGGUGGGAUUUGGGUGGAUUUCGCUUCCGAAUUGCUGUGGGGUUUUAGGACUAAGAAGAUUUGGGGUUGAAGGUGACCUUCUAGGUAAAGACGGAUCGCUUCUGGUUCAGGCAUUGGUUGAUGCUGAAGGAAGGUUUCUGGAUGUCUCUGCCGGAUGGCCGAGCUCAAUGAAACCUGAAACAAUCUUGCGGCAGAGCAAGCUAUAUGCAGAAAUUGAGAAAUCCGGUGAAUUACUCAAAGGCCCUGUUUAUAAUCUCGACGAUGGAAAGCCCAUUUCCCAAUACUUGAUAGGUGAUUCUUGCUUCCCCCUUUUGCCAUGGCUUUUGACACCAUACAUGAAACUGAACGAGGAAGAUAGCUCUGGUUUUCCUGAGAGAGCCUUCAAUUCCACACAUAACCGUGCAAUGGGGUUGGUUAACACAGCGUUUUGCAAAGUCCGAGCUCGGUGGAAGCUUCUUUCAAAGCCAUGGAAGGAAGAAUGUAGAGAUUUCUUCCCAUUUAUUGUGUUGACUGGGUGUCUACUGCAUAAUUUUCUCAUUAAAUGCAGUGAGAAACUAGAAGAAGAACAAGAUGAAGACGACGGAGCAAGUUGUUCUAGUGAGGAACAGAAGUUUGCUCUUUAUGAUGGUGAGACAGGAGACGAUCGAGGUAAGGAUAUCAGAGAUGCGCUUGCCUUGCACUUGAGUAGGCUGAGCUUCAGAAGAUGAUUGCUUUGAACAUCUUGGAUUGGGAAACUUCAGAACCUGGCAGUUCAAAAGUGAAAUGUUGAGCUCACAACCCCAGCUUCAUUCAUCAUUAUUCAAGAAGACUCUAUACAGGCAGCACAAAGGAUUUAUUUUAACAGUUCCAC